AUGUCGAUUGUAUCCCUCACAAACGCUUCAGAUGUCCCGACCUGUACGGUCGAAGAUCUUCGACAAGUCUGCAAGGCCAACAAUUUCUCCGUCGAACCAGGAAGCUUGAACGAAAAGGCAUUCCUUCUCUUUCAAAACAGCUUCGACAAUGUAUGCCAAACGAUUCAGAAUCUACCAGAAUACGAAGAUCCACGGUUGAAACCGGCUGCUGUAGAAGAUGGAGAAAGAAGAUUUUACAGACCAGACGAAAAGGAGAAUCCACUAAAUGGAUGGGCUCAAAGAACAAACCUCAAAUCAGCAGAUCCAAAAGCUGCGGAAGGACCACUUGCAGGUCGAACAAUCGCUUUCAAAGAUAAUGUAUCCGUUGGAGGGUUGCCACUUGGACUUGGUGCUUCUCCAGAGCACUUUCGAGAUGGCAAGCAUCCAAUCAGUACAAUAGAUGCGACGGUCGUCAGCCGUGUCCUGGCGGCGGGUGGAAUUGUCAAGGGCACGGCAACAUGUGAAAACUUCUCCGCUUUCGCGCUCAGCUAUACCUCCCACUCUGGUGUUGUACACAACGCUUGGCUACCUGGCUAUGCCACCGGAGGAAGCAGUAGCGGUUGCGCGGCGCUCGUCAGUGUUGGAGACGUCCAGGAUGCUCGGCGGAGCGGCAAAGAUGAUCGGGAUUACCCGUUGGGAGAAGGUGUAGACAUUGCUGUUGGAGGAGACCAAGGAGGAAGUAUCCGGAUCCCAGCAAGCUAUAGCGGAAUCUUCGGACUCAAACCAACACAUGGUCUGGUGCCAUAUACUGGAAUCGCUCCAUUGAACCCUUUGAUGGAUCAUACGGGUCCCAUGGCGCGGACGGUCGAGGAUACAGCUCUUUUGCUUGGAGUGUUGGCAGGAUAUGAUGGGAUCGAUCCACGGAUGACACCAGAGUCGCCGACCGUGGCUCGUGUACCCGAUUAUCUUCAAGAUCUCAAUGCAUGGGUCUCAAGUCGAGAGGCUAGUGGGGAGUGGACAGCCACUUCAGCAGCAAAAGGUCUCCGGAUCGGCAUUCUCAAAGAAUCUUUGGAAUUUCCCGGGAUCAGCUCAGAUGUGCUCUCCACCGUGGAAGCCRCCGUGGAAAGGUUCAGGACUCUCGGGGCAGAUGUCAAAGAGAUCUCCAUUCCCCUUCACAGCAUCGGUGCAGCGAUUUGGACAAUUGCCGCCAGGCCGCGCAUGCCAAACUACAUCAAGAGUAUCCCCGGUGACUUGAUCACCCACACACUCCCAGGCCUGGAUCCGCUUCCGAUCGACCAGAAGUUCUUUGAUAUCCUGUCAAAUCGGAAUCCAGCGGUCGUGAAUGUCCUCAUGAACGUAUCCCAUCUCGAGCAAAGAUAUGGGCCCUCGUUAGUACGCAAAGCCCACAUGCACGUCCAAGAGUUGCAGGCAGCGUAUGAUAAAGCGCUGGAGGAGUGCGACGUUCUGCUUACACCAAUCAAUCCCACGGUUGGCCCACCGCAUCCAAAAGGCACAGCAAAGACGGCGGAGAAUCCGCAGGGCUUUAGUGAGAAUGUAUUUGAUCUUUUUGAGCCUGCCAUCGGCAAUACCCUCAACACUUGUUCUUUCAACGUUACUGGUCACCCAGCGAUGAGCAUGCCGGUUGGUUGGGGCAGAGUAAAGGGCUCCGAUGGUCGCCUCCCUAUAGGAAUGCAAGUGGUGGCAAAGAGAUGGGACGAAGCAAGCAUCUUUAAAGCUGCAAAAGCCUGGGAGGUUGGCGGUAGUUGGAGCGAUUGA